GCUGCUGCGGUCAUCAUUCCUCCACCAGCCGCUGACCAAAUACGAACUCGGUGCGAGAAAUUUUGUUCCGUGUUGUGUAAUGUGUGUUUGUGUUUGUGCAAAAUGGUGCUAAAUACGAGGUUAAUUUUCGUUUGCGGUCUUGUUCUAUUUAAUGUUGUAUCUUCCCGAAUAUCACAAGAUACAUCGGCGGAAUCAUUAGAAGCGUCAACGGAUAGCAUAUUAUCUGCUGAACUUCACGAAGGUUCUGGCGAAGAACCGACAAGACCACUCACGAGGAAGAAUCAAACACGCCUGGCUCUUAAACCCGAUGGAAGCGAUCAGGAUCCGGUUGUGUUUCUGUCAGACAAGAAUAGCUACAUUCCAGUGAGCAUCAAGCCUCGUUCGCCAUCUUCAGAGCCAUCUUGGCGAGAGCCUCCAGCCUGGGAGCGGGAAUAUAGACGGCAAAGGACCAAUGGAAGUCGGGUUCAAUAUAUAGAAGCUGAAUGUCAAGAUGAUUUUAUGAAGAUACGAGUCGGUUUCAAUGGCUCGUUUUCAGGAUUGGUUUAUUCUGCUGGCUAUUCGUACGAUCCUGACUGUAUGUAUAUAAAUGGUUCGGGCCGUGACUACUAUGAGUUCUACAUACAGCUCAACCGAUGUGGUACUCUAGGAAGGAAUGGACAACACGAUGAAACUAGAAAAAAUCCCACGAAGAACCUUAUGUGGAACACGAUAACGGUGCAGUACAAUUCCCUGAUUGAGGAGGAACUGGAUGAGCACUUCAAGGUCACUUGCGAAUAUGGAUACGAUUUUUGGAAAACUGUCACCUUUCCAUUCCUCGACGUUGAGGUCGCUACCGGAAAUCCUGUAGUGUUCACCUUGCAACCCCCUGAAUGCUAUAUGGAAAUUCGGUCUGGCUACGGUGCUACUGGUGCACGAGUGUCGGGUCCUGUACGCGUGGGAGAUCCCUUGACUUUACUCAUUUACAUGAGGAGUGCAUACGAUGGCUUCGAUAUCGUGGUAAACGACUGUUUUGCACAUAAUGGUGCGGCAAAACGGAUUCAGCUCAUUGAUGAGUUAGGAUGUCCCGUUGAUGACAAGCUGAUCUCCCGUUUCCGAGGGUCGUGGUCUGAAUCUGGCGUGUUCGAGACGCAAGUGUAUGCGUAUAUGAAAACGUUCCGAUUCACGGGAUCACCAGCUCUCUAUAUAGAAUGCGAUGUUCGAAUGUGCCAUGGAAGGUGUCCUUCCCAGCCUUGCCACUGGCGUAACAUGAAGAGUGUGCGACGUCGUUCUGUGGAAGAGACCGCGAGUGUUGCGCCAAGACUGUCAGAGAACAUCUCACUCUUUCAGUCAUUACGGGUUUUGCAAGAGGGGGAAGAGGACGAAGAAUCAUCAAGGGCUGUUUCAGAAGGCCAGACCUGUAUGAAAACAUCAGCGUUAUCCGCAAUGAUAGUAUCUUGUGGGUUACUGAUUGCCGCACUGCUGGUUGCCCUACUAGUCGCGGCUCGGGGAUGGCGGAGAAGUGAACGAAGAACUCCCCUUCAUGCGUACGUGCCCCACAAGGGACGGAUAAAGUAAUUUCGAAUAGUAGUGCUUUCUAUAUAAUCUAUUAAUUAUGUUUGGUUAGUCGCUCAACCAAGUAUAAAACGCGUAGCUUCGCGCGGUAGCCAAUUAUUUUGGGUCGACGGCUUAAAAUUGGAAAAUUUGAGUGUAUAAAGAUCACUAUUUUAUACGUUUAUCAAACAAUUAAAUUAAGUCUUUAAUUAUUUGAAAUAAAACAUAUAAUGUAUGGUAGGAAAGUUCUUAGUCGUACUUUGUAUGACGUUUGACACAUAUAGAACAUUCUGUAUAUUUUUUUAAAUCACGUGGAAUGCUUACAUUUUAUCUAUAUAUAGCGCAGUUCGGAGGAAAGGAAAUAUUUUAACCACUGAUUAAUAUGAACAUUACAAACUUAAUUUUAUGUUGACAUUUUAAUGAAAUGUAGAGAUAAUAAAUAAACUAUGUUAUAAGUCCAUUUUACAUAUAAGAAGUAAAUCCCUCCAACCAAAAGUUAAGGCACUCGGAUGUAACCCGUAAAUCCUGGAUUCGUUACCCGAAACAAUUAUCAUUUUAUACUUACCUUUAAAAGGUAAAAGAGUAUAGAGUUUAACAACAACAGAAUAUCAUAAAAUAUUCUUAAAGACGUAUGCAGUUACGUUUUCAAUUAUAAAAAUUUAUUCCAAUAUGUUUAGUCGUUAAUACAAUAAAACAAACAUACUCAAAAAGUAACUUAUGCUAUGUAUAAUAAGAAUUAAUUAUAAGUUAUGCCUCCGUGGUUCAUUCUAAGUGAUCUAAGUUCGUCUACGAAGUAAUUAGGUUCCUAAGCAGUGUCCGUCCCGUGCCCAACUGGGGUACCGUAUAUAGGUAUAAUAUAAAUGUAUAUAAGACGUAUUGUGAGGACUUAUAUUUUAAUAAAAUAUAUCUCCUUCUUUAUGUCUUAAGAUUUUAAAUACGGAAAUGUAACAUUACUAAACAAUAAGAAUUAUUUAUAUUAUUUAAGGUUUAGUUGAGUUACAGUAUUGUAAUUAUUAUUAAUUACCGUCCAGUAGUUACGAAUUACUCUUACCGUUUAAUUUAUACAAUAAACAUUUUUUAUAAUAUUGUCUUUGGUUGACACGAGUAAAGGAGGCCGUAUAGGUACGUUAACUUUGGGCAUAUCGAUCGCAAAACCUCGGUAAAACUAUCCAAGGAAUAAUUUUAAACGACGCAUUGAGUAUUACCUUUUUCUAAGUUUUAGUAUACAAGUAACUAAAGCCUUCCUUAAUAUUAUGUAAUAAAAAAACAGAUUUUUGAGAGAGGAAUAUAAUGUUAUAUUUGUAAGUUUGGUUUAAUGUAAUUUAAAUGUUUAGCCCGUUUUAUGGGUAGAUACGACUAAGUUAGAUUAAGAAACCAUGUAAAUAUUAAAAUAUUUUUUAUACUGUAAUAAAUUAU